AUGCUUUAUUUAUUUCAACAAUUGGAUGUAAGCGAUUUUUUUGCAUAUCGAAGAUGGACAAUAUUUGAAACAAAUCAAUUGGAUAAACAUGGAAGAAAACAUCUUAUUUGUUUCUAUAUUAUUACUAAUUUAAUAUCAUCAUCAAUUCAUUGUAUCGCUAAAAUUGGAUUAUUUAGUGUCGAUAUUAUGUUUACAAUCUGUUCAUUAAUAUUUUAUUCACAUGAUCACAUUACAUUGAUUCAAUUAAUAAAUACUGUACCUGGAAUUAUAAUAUUAUCAUUAUAUAUUGAUUUUAUGAUAGGUUUAUUAUGUCAUUCGAUAAAUUUUGUAAUUUUUAUUAUAGAAUUUUUCAAAAUAUGGCUUAAUAAAUUAUUUUCAUUAUUCAAUCAAAUGAAUAAAAGAAUAAAAAGACGAAAAGAAUUAAUGAAAAGAAUGUAUUGGAAUCAAUUUCAUAAUCAAUAUAUAAAAUUAUUUGCCGAAAUUGGAUAUUUCAAUCAUACUGUAAGCACAUUAUUAUUAUGUAUUGAAUUUAUAUCAAAAUCAGCUAUUAUGAUGAGCUGUAUAUAUUAUAGCCGUCAAGAAAAAAUGGGUGUUCAUAAUACUACAUGCAUUAUUUGUUUUUUAUCCGCAUUCUUUUAUGCAACUAGUCUUUAUGUUAUUAUUUCUGGAUUACAUUCAGCAAAUUAUUCAUAUACAAUAUCAAUUUUAAAUUGGCUUGCACGAUCACAACAUAAUCGUUAUGAAUUAAAUUCAAAUAUAUGGAAUUGUAAUGUUUGGAGUUAUAUGAUGAUCAAAUCAAAUCUAUUUACACAGACAAUGAUGAACAAUCGUUUAGGUUUUUAUUGUGGUCAAUCAUUUUUUGUAACACGAUAUAAAUGUUUACAAUUAUUUCUAUUAAAUUUUUCCAAUAAAAUGUAA